UUGUUAGGAUGUUGCAAUAUGAGAGACAAAUCAUGUCAAUGCGGUUGUUGGGAUAAGAGGUGUCUACCUGAGAGACGUCACAGCGGGUUAUACAUGGACCCGUUUAUUCUUUGAUUAAUCGAAAUCGGCACAAAGGCGAAGACAGCACAGCCGGUAACGUCGAUACCAUCGGACAACUUGGUGGCGCCAACUCAUUGCCCAUCCAGAUUGAGCUUAAAUACAUUGAAUGGCAUCGAAAGACAAUGUGUAUGAGGAGAAUUCAUUAAGUUGCGGAUCUCAAACGAAUUUCAUGGACUCGCGGCAGUAUGAAUAACACAACAUCGGAAGCUUUUGAGCAGAGAUUGGGAGUCUGGGAUUUUGUUGUCAUUGUCAGCUACUUCGUAGCUUGCCUUGCUGUCGGAAUAUACUCUCUAUGCCGUCCGAAUCGUGGUACGGUGACCGGCUACUUCCUGGCGGGUCGGCACAUGACCUGGCUCCCCGUCGGCGCCUCCUUAUUCGCCAGUAACAUCGGGAGUGAGCAUUUCAUUGGACUGGCGGGAUCGGCCGCAGCCAAGGGACUGGGCGUUGCAGCGUUUGAAUUUCAGGCAUGCCCUUUAUUUCAUUUAAUGGUAUGGGUUUUCCUUCCUGUUUAUAUUGCAAGUGGGGUGUGCACAAUCCCCGAGUACAUGACCAAGCGGUUCGGAGGUGGCCGGAUACAGGUCUACCUGGCAUUUCUAUCUCUUCUUCUCUACAUUUUCACAAAAAUCUCGGUGAACAUGUUUGCCGGGUCGUUGUUCAUUCAGCAAGCUCUUGGCUGGGACAUCUACACCUCCAUUCUACUGCUCCUUGCCUUCACAGCGGUUUUCACUGUCACAGGUGGUUUGGCUGCGGUCAUUUACACUGACACCCUACAGACGUUCGUCAUGGUGAUAGGUGCCACAGUCUUAGCUGUCCUCAGCUAUAUCAAAGUUGGUGGAUUCACCGGAAUCUACGAGAAGUACCCAACAGCAAUAGCAAAUACAACCCUUGAAAGUAACUCGACGUGUGGGUAUCCAUCGCCGCAAGCCUUCAAGGUGCUGAGAGGGCCUCUGGACGACGAAAUUCCAUGGCCAGGUUUCUUCUUCGGGGAAAUCCCGAUGGCAAUAUGGUACUUGUGUACAGAUCAGAUGAUAGUCCAAAGGGCCCUUGCUGCCAAGAGCCUCUCCCAUGCCCAGGGAGGGGCAAUCCUAACCUCGUUCCUAAAGUUCUUACCACUUUACAUCAUCAUAUUCCCAGGAAUGAUAAGUCGUAUCUUAUACCCAGAUGAGGUCGCCUGUUCAGAUCCCGAUUUAUGCUACGAGAUCUGUCGGAGUCGGAUGGCCUGCACGAAUAUCGCCUACCCCCGAUUGGUGCUCGGUCUCAUGCCUAUCGGACUCCGCGGGCUGAUGAUGGCGGUGAUGCUAGCGGCUCUCAUGACCAGUCUGACUUCCAUCUUCAACAGCGCUAGUACUCUGUUCACCAUGGACAUCUACACCAAGAUAAGGAAGAAGGCAACGACCAGGGAACUCAUGGUGGUCGGAAGAGUGUUCGUGCUUGUGAUGAUAGGCAUCAGCAUACUCUGGAUUCCCAUGAUCAAAGAGUUCCAAGGCGGACAGCUCUUCAUCUACGUCCAGGUGUUGAGCGCCCAUCUUUCACCGCCCAUCGCCGCAGUCUAUCUCAUCGCCAUGUUCUGGAAGCGGGGAAACGAACAGGGCGCAUUCUACGGCUUAUUGAUCGGCUUCAUCAUCGGCGUGGUCAGAAUGAUCAUGGAUUUCAUCUACAUCGCCCCGAAAUGCGGCGAACCCGACAACAGACCUUCCAUCGCCAAGGACUUUCAUUACAUGUACUUUGCUCUCGUGCUGUUCUGGGUGGUUGUAAUCGUCAAUGUGGUUGUUAGCCUGAUGACUAGGCCACCAGAACCAGAGAUGCUCCAUCGUACCACUUACUGGACUAGAAACGAACACAAAGACCUGAUCGAAAAUUCCGAGGAAAUGAAAGAGAUUGCCGAGGAGGUGGAUGAAAGGUCGUCCGAUCACUUGGACGACAGGCCAGCUAAUCACGUGGACGACAGGUUUACCAAUCACGUGGACGAAAGCACAGCUGAUGCAGACGACAAGUUCAUGAAUGAAGGAAAUCUGGAGGACGGGGAAUCUUUGCAAUAUGUUGGCUUUCAGGAUGAAAAAGAUGACAAUCCUCCAGCAAGGAAGUCCGUGCUCCGCCGGGUCUAUGACAACUUCUGUGGCUUCGAUGACAGCACUGAAGCACAGAUCAAGCUCCGCGAACAAGAGGCCCACCUCAGAGGCUUAGCUGCCUUAAAACAAGACAAGAUGGUGAAAAUGGCACUCAAGAUAAUGCGGGAUAUCACUAUUGCUAUAACCAUCUUUCUGUACGGGUAUUAUUCGGCUCCUCAGAAUUUUGUACACUCGGCCCUGAUGACAUAUGGGAACAUCUCUACUUGAGUUCGAGUGGUCUCCUGCAAGAUGUGUAUUCCAUGCAAAAGUAACUCUACUAUACUGCACUGUAUAAGUAACAUUUUCUCCAGUCUGGGUUCCAAGGGUCAUUUGGGAAAUGCCAAAAUCCUCUGCGGAAGGACCAGAGUCUGUGUAACGUUUUUGAGAAUUACCGUUUCCGAGUGUUUCCUCUCAUUGUUUGGGAACGCUAAAUGAUAGAUUGACAUGUUUUACUGUGUUUCCCCAUUGAAAAAUCAUGGUCUCUCUAGCUGUCUAUUGUGAGUAAACACUGAAAUACGGAAGACAACCAAACAUGUUACACCGGCAAUAAAGUGAAAGGAUUUCAGCUGAACUAGAAAGCAACACUCAGGGGAAGGAUUAACAGAAUGCAGAGAGACCACGAUUUCAUUGUAGGGCGUAUUUCAUAAUGUGAACAAGUAAUAUGUAUCUUGACUUUUAAUCUGUAAAUAAUAAUCAGAAAAAUG